AUUUGUGAAUUCUGGGGACCCAAGUCUAAAGCCAAAAAAGACCCCAAACCCCAUGGAUUAAUCAGUUUUGAGAAUAAGAUCCCAUCUGUUCUUCCCUGGCAUGUAAAUUUAAUACUUUACCGGGUCAGCUUGAAAAAACAAGUUACCCAUGGAUGUAUAGUCUCCACAAUCAAACUGUUUCUUCCAGAUGGAAUGGAAGCUCGAUUGCGAUCAGAUGUUAUCCAUGCUCCAUUACCAAGUCCUGUUGACAAGGUUGCUGCUAACACUCCCAGUAUGUAUUCUCAGGAAUUGUUUCAGCUUUCACAGUAUCUACAGGAAGCCUUACAUCGGGAACAAAUGUUAGAACAGAAGCUGGCAACCCUUCAGCGACUACUUGCUGUCACGCAAGAGGCUUCAGAUACUAGUUGGCAGGCUUUAAUAGAUGAAGACAGGCUGCUAUCAAGAUUAGAGGUUAUGGGAAAUCAAUUACAGGCAUGUUCAAAGAAUCAGACAGAAGACAGUAUACGAAAAGAGCUUAUAGCGUUACAAGAAGACAAACACAACUAUGAGACAACAGCCAAAGAGUCCCUGAGGCGGGUCCUUCAGGAGAAAAUUGAAGUGGUCAGAAAACUGUCUGAAGUGGAGCGGAGUUUAAGUAAUACAGAAGAUGAAUGUACUCACCUCAAAGAAAUGAAUGAGCGGACUCAGGAAGAAUUAAGAGAAUUAGCUAAUAAGUACAAUGGAGCUGUAAAUGAAAUUAAAGAUCUUUCUGACAAGCUAAAGGUAGCAGAAGGAAGACAGGAAGAAAUCCAACAGAAAGGACUGGCUGAGAAAAAAGAAUUGCAGCAUAAAAUAGACGAAAUGGAAGAGAGAGAGCAAGAGCUUCAAGCAAAAAUAGAAGCUUUACAAGCUGAUAAUGACUUCACCAAUGAGCGGCUAACUGCUUUACAAGUACGGUUAGAACAUCUUCAAGAGAAAACUCUUAAAGAACACAACAGCUUAGGCAUACAAGUUGACGACUUCAUACCUAAAAUUAAUGGGAGCACAGAGAAAGACAAGAUCAUAGAUGAAGGACAUCUAACCAAAGUGGAAGAAACAAAGCUUUUGAAAGAGAAUCAAGGAAGAGUCAAAGAAUCUGAUUUGUCGGACACUCUUAGUCCAAGCAAGGAAAAAAGCAGCGACGACACUACAGAUGCCCAAAUGGAUGACCAAGAUUUAAAUGAACCUAUUGCUAAAGUAGCUCUUUUAAAAGACACAUUAAAAGUAGUCCAUGGGGCCCUGAGGCUGAAACCACUGAUUCCUGAAUUCUCCUUAUAUGCAAGUGAAGUCUUCCUGCGUUCUGCCAGAAAGGUUCGCGCGGCAGCCCAGGGCCACGACAAGGCUGCGGGGAGCGUGCUGCUUCCUGGAUUAAACAGUCUCAUGUCGCGGCAAGG